CUGUUUAUGAUUAUGUUCUUCAGUUGUAUCGAAAUAAUAUACCGGUGUCAGUCUUCAAAUGGUACGAUGGCAUGGAUGAAGAUCAACAAUAUGACAACUUCGUUAAAGUACUCACCAGCGGCAAACAACGAACUUUAGUUUUCAGCUUAGAUGCUAAGAGUACAAAUGUUAUGUUCCGGAACGCCUACAAAAUUAAGGAAACACUGCCAAUGCCCUGUUUCUUUCGAUGGAUAUUCCUUGAUUUCGAGGAUGUGAAAAUGGAUGAACUCCUGCAUUUCAGUGCUUCCACGAUGUGCUGGAGAUCUCUUUAUGUCAUGCAGAGAGAAAAUUUGAAAUCUAAAGAAGUGAGACUUUCCAUCAUCGGUCCUUCGAUGAAACAUGAUGGACACUGUGCCCUCACCAACAGACUUGGUGAAUGGACAUCAUCACAAGGCCUACAUGUAGUACACUCACCAGACAAAAGAAUUGACGAUUUUAGAAAUAGAUUACUUAAAGUUUCUUUUCUAGAUGAGCAUCCUUUUUACGCAAGAACAAAAGAUGGAAAAGGUUACGAAGGAAUGGAGUACGAAAUUCUUUCAACUCUGAAAUCAAAACUCAACUUCAGAACUGAACCAGUCAAUAAUACAGAUGAUGAGUUUGGCAACCGUUUAGCCAAUGGCACCUGGACUGGAUUCGUAGGCCUGAUAGAUCAGGGGCACGUGAUUUUCAGUAUAGCCACUCUAUCAGUCAGCUAUAGAAGACUGAUGUCUGUGGAUUUCAGUUCACCUUACAUUUUCGGCAAGAUGAGUUUUGUAGUUCUCAGUCCAGCUCUAGAAAGCAGAAAAUACGUUCUAAUCAAACCACUCUCUCCUAAGGUAUGGAUUGGUCUUAUAUCAACGUUAAUCCUUUGUACAGCAGUUUUAUACGCAAUUACUCAUUCGCUUCCGUGUAAAAGUGGUAUCAGAAGAGCCUAUAAUAUCUGGUUUUUGCUGCGAACACUAGGACAGCAAGGAACUCCUUCCCCAGCACCUGCUCGCUACAGCAUCCGUUUCUUUAUCUCCUUUUGGUGGUUCUUCAUUAUGGUGAUUUUAUGGAGCUAUGCUGGUACUCUCACUUCUUUUAUGACUUAUCCUGGAAGAUUGUCUACCAUCGAUACUGUAGCGAAGCUUCAACGGGCUCUAAAGUCACACAGUAUACGCUAUGGAACAACUAAAGGAACCACAUACGAAACUUUCCUCAAGUCUGACAUGGCAGAUGUGGAUCCAAUAUUUGGAGAAAGCUUGGAAGAAUAUCCCGAAAGUCUAGUUCAUAAUGUAUCAGAAGGCAUGGAUCUAGUGUUGAAAGGAAGAUAUGCAUUUGUGUAUAUGAAAAUGGUUCUUAAAUGGUUUGCCGCCGUUACGGGUUUUGACAGAUUUCGCCUUGCUAAAGAUGUAUUUAGUACCGAGGCUAUAGGAAUUGGAAUUCAGAAAUGCCAUCCUUGUAAAAAUAGCUUCGAUCACAUAAUAGACAGACUGGAAGAAACAGGAUUCUUCAGCAAAUGGUAUGUCGACGCUUUUACCAAAGCAAGCAUACAAGCACCACUGGUAAAAAUAGAAAAUGUACGAGCUCUUUCUAUGGACGACUUACAAGGAGCUUUCUACUUUCUGAGCAUCUGUUUGGGAAUAUGUACUACAGUACUGAUUUUAGAAAUUCUGAUAUCCGAACUAUUUAGCAUUAAUAGUAAAAAACAGAGAAAUAAGAAACAUUAUCCUAAAAUAAAAUGAAAAUACGUGAUAUAAUAUACUUAAAAAUUAUUUCAAAUAAUGAUUCAAAAUAAUUAAAUUCCUAACAAACUUUACGGAAAUAUUUGUAAAAUAUUAUAUGCAGAUUUAGAUUAUAAAAAUAUGAUAAAGUGAAUGAUUAUAUUAAUACAAAAUGCAAUUAUUAAAUCUUCACCAUUUUUUCUGAUUAUAUACAUGCCAUAAAUGUAAAAUAUUUCAAAAGUUUGCAAGACGAAGUGUCACCUGAACGGUUUUUUUCAGGACAAAUUAUGCGAUUCUGAGAAUUUUUACGGAGCCAGUUUCACAUAUUAAAUUCAUUCGUCCCUCCUUAAUUGAUAUUUAGUAAGUUAAAAACAACUCAUUCGUAGCAAACUUCUUUGAGGGCUGGUAAAAAAUUAAUAUUUCCAUAUACAUUUAUUUAAAAAAGUCAUGUAAACAAAAUGAUCAUAGUCUACACUAUUUCAUUCGCUUCUUAAUGGAAUUAUUGGCCUAUUUCCUAAAACCAAUCAUUCAAGAAAUACAGCUCUAAUAUAAAAAGUUUUCAAAUUUCAAAACACUUUAUUACUUUGUAGAGACAUUAGG